GAGUCGAGCCGCUUUUUCAGGGCGUUCAGCUGCGGCGUGAACCUGAUUACGAGUAGUGCAGCCCUCCCCCCCUCCGGAAACCUGUCUAAUUUUACCAUCUUAGUCUUAGCCAACUUGGCGCCCUCCAGAUGAGCGCCUCUGCCAUUCCCAUCAUUCCUUGCCAGGGAAGGUGGAGGGCGCCAUGUUGAAGUAGGACCGGAUGGGAUAAAGCCGCUAGCCUAGGAUAGUAGGAAGGGGGGAACUGCUCUCUAAUCGGCGGUUUUAUCACAUUAAUUCGAAGAUUGCGCUUACAUUCUGACUAACCACAAUGGAUACAGCAAGCCACAGCCUGAUUCUCCUGCAACAACUAAACAUGCAGCGAGAAUUUGGCUUUCUCUGUGACUGCACUGUUGCAAUUGGAGACGUCUACUUCAAAGCUCAUCGAGCUGUGCUGGCUGCUUUUUCCAACUAUUUUAAGAUGAUAUUCAUUCAUCAGACAAGCAGUGAAUGCAUAAAGAUUCAGCCCACUGAUAUCCAACCUGACAUAUUCAGCUACUUGCUGCAUAUAAUGUACACUGGCAAAGGACCUAAACAGAUGGUCAAUCAUACGCGGCUAGAAGAAGGCAUCCGUUUCCUGCAUGCUGACUACCUUUCUCGCAUGGCAAUUGAAAUGAACCAGAUGCUUUCUCCAGAGGUUGUGCAGUCUUCAAACCUUUAUGGGAUUCAGAUCUCAACCACGCAUAAGGCUGUGAAGGGGAACCUCCAAGCAAAGGAAAAUUUAACCAGUAUUGGUAGCAGAGCCGCUAAUCAGGGAGAUCAUCCUCAGCUCCAACUCUCUCUGGCAAUUGGGCUGGAUGACGGGUCUUUGGACCAGCAGGUUUCCCAUCCUUCUGCCAAGACAGCUGUGAAACCAGCAGAGGAAUCUGCAAAUCCACCUGUGACUAUAAAACAGGAGAAGACUGACCCAGAGCCAGUUGUCUCUCAGAGUCACACAUCAUCUUCCCCAAAUCUCAGGGGUCCAGCCUUUUCCAAAGAAAACCUCAAAGUUCAUUUAUGCCAGUAUUGUGGGGAGCAUUUUGAAUCCCGGAGCAAUUUGUGUGAACACCUGUUUACUCAUGUGUCAGGAUCAUUGCCCUUCAGGGUUCCAACCUCCAUCCUGGAGAGCAAUAACCUUAGCCAGCUCCAGCCUCUCAGUGAAAACAGUGAAGCUACUGAAAGUCACAGGCUCAGUUCCUUCCUUCAGAAAGAGAAUGAGCACUACUCAGAAUAUCCCACCCACCCCAACCUAGAGGCUCUGCCAAUUGGCCAGCUGUCACUGGUAUCCAAGGACACAGAACCUGUGGAACUAAACUGCAACUUUUCCUUUUCACGGAAAAGAAAGAUCAGCUGCACCGUCUGUGGUCAUAAAUUCCUCCGAAAAAACCAGCUUCUUGAACACAUGUAUACACACAAAGGUAAACACUUCAAAUUUGGCCGAUGCCAGAGGGUUGGCAGCACGACAGCCAUCAAGUUUCAGCCAUAUGGUGACAACUGGAUCCCAAGUAUGAUGAAAAGUGGCACCCUCUCGCAAACUCAUGUGGAGUCACAAAAUGCACUGGAUCCUGACCUCUCUCAAGAGAGCAUUGAUACUAUACUUGUGGAAUAAUUUCUUCCUUUUCCAUUCCUUUGACAUACAAGUUUGUAGCCUGUGCAUUCUUGCGUUCAGCCCUAUUGUCUGAAUACUGCCUAAAGAAUUUUUUGUUUGUCUGAAAUACAAAAUGGCGGAUGCCCUGUUGUAUGUUACCUCACUGGUUGGUGGAUCAGCUGUUUUCCAUAAUACCACAGUAAGGAAAGGAAGGCAUGUGCGAAGAGCACAUUAUAUAGUUAGAUCCUUUGCACAUAUCAGCUAUAGGAAGUAUUGCUAGGAAACGCAGUCAGAGCCGCCAAAAGAAUGGAAGGGGGCAGAGUUUCACAUGCGGGCACUUCUGGGUUCAGGCCAGUUAACAGGAACUUACAAGACCACGGAAUGCUACUCUUUCAACAUAAACAACCACACUGUGCUCAGCCCGCUGUUGUUGAAGAUGGGAUAGUCCCAGGCAUUUUUGGCAAUAUCCAUAUAAUGUUAGUGUGUCACCUGUAGAGAGUUCUAUGACAUGUCAGGUUGAUAGGACAACAAAGGAAAAUUGCAAUGCUUGUAAAAGGAAAUGUUUGUUGUAAAUCAUAUUUAAUUUCAAUUAAAUAUGUUUUAAAUUAACAUUCUGUUUAAUGUUCUUCAGUUUAAAGAAGGGUUAUAGUGUUUCACUGAUUAAUUGGUUAGAUUUGCUAGUUAUGAUUAAAUUAGAUUAUAUAAUUCAAGUACUGUAAAAUAAAACUUCUGUUCAGUGGCAAUAUUUCCUUUGCCAGGCUAGAAAUUGUUACUCACUGAAAUAUAAUUUUAAUAAAAUCAUGACUUUGUUAUAAGCACUUGGGAGGUUGAUCCAAGACACAACACUCAAGAUACUUUUUGUGAAUCUUCUCUUUUUUUUUUUAAUUAACACAGGAAAGCAAGUUUCGGUUUUAGUGUUUUAUUACAGCGGCUUAGCCCAACAAACUAAAUUGUUUUCCCCCACUCUCCCACCUUUCUUAUUGAUAAAUAGUCAGGAAGCUGCAAUAAAACUAUACAGCAAAGCAAUAUCAACAGAUUUAUAUAGUUGCCAAACACUUUUACUAAAUGUUACCAAAAGCUUUCUACUUCUGGUAAUGUUUACCUUGUUACCUGUGUAUCUACGGUGUUUGCUAAAUAUGAGCACUGUUACAUCUGCAUCAGUGUUUCUCAAUCUCAGUAACUUUUAAGAUAUGAGAACUUCAACUCCAGAAUUCCCCAGCCAACAUGCUUAAAAUUGCUGAGAUUGAGAAGCACUGGUUUAUAUGCUAUCCCUGCUUCCUACAUAAAGAUAAGUAAAGAGAUUAAUUACACUGGCUAGCAUUCUCUCUUUAAUGUCUGGCUGGUAGGACAUGGUAUCCCUCUGUCAUCUUCAGCUUCCAUGAAAACCAUGUGUUGGAUAGAUGGGUCCUGCAGCAGUCCUCUUCCUUCAGUGGGUCUUUGGACCCCUUCCCACUCACAAUCAUUUCAAGAGUUUUAGCCAACACUACUUAGAGUCCAUUUUUAUUUACCAGCAUUGCACUUGCAAUUCUCCUUUCCAGAAGACUUUUUUUUAAUCUUUCUCCUUUUGCAGUUAAAGAGUAGCUCCUCUUUCCUAUGAGAAAGUUAUGAAAACCUGUGUGAAACUCUCACGGUCUCUUGUCAGCUAGAAAGAACAAUGUGUGCUUGAUAUAUUGUGACAGGAUGCUAGAGAGAUGUGGUCCCAUAUUGUCUAUUCUGACUGGCUGGAGUUCUCCAAGUUCUCAGCCAAAAGUAUACUUCACCCGCUUCCCAGUCCUUAUAAUAGGGUGUCACUGGAGAUUGAAUUGGGGACCUUCUGCAUGCAAAUACAUGUUUUACUAGCCUCUUCUCAUGUAUAUUUCCACCUGUUGCAAUUGUGCCUGCAGCAGCAUGGGAAGCAUUUAAAGAUGUAGCUGCUUUAAUAUGAAAAUUGAGCUGAAGUUAUUUCAGUACCAAAAUACAACUUGGGUGAUUGAGAUCUACAAAGGCAUGCUUUUUCUGGGUGCUGUCCAUGAUUGGGAGCAUGGAAGUAUCUUGGUAUGGUUCUCUGUGUAACUGCCCCUCUCACCCCAGUGCAGUCUAUGCUGACUAAGUCCUGGGCUCUUGGAAAAGUAAAGGCACGUGAAUCACUACACAUAGGAAUAUGUUUGGAAAAUGGAACACUACUAGAUUGGAUAGAAACAUUUCUUGGAUCGUGGUUUAUGCUGCAUCCAAGAGGAAAUGUAAUUAACCCAUGUGCCAUAUCACCCAGAACCUUUAACCCCUUGGGUAUCAUCUAUGAGACAUAUACUGAAGAAACAGUCUUCAUAUCUCCAAAAUCCCAUUAUCUUUAAUAAGAAUUACUUUACUGCCAGUGUUGGUGCGUUAUUGUCUUUUAUUUUAUUAAAGCCUUAAGUUCUUAGAGUAUGUUUCAGAACUACAUUUUUUGAUGUAAGAAAAUGCUGAAGAGGUUCAUGAUUCCUGCAAGUUCAUCAGUGUCGAAGUAAAAUGUUUUUUGGGCAAGGCUGCAAAGUUGUCUGCUACAAACAGCAGUGAUGAAACAGGUUGCUAUGUCCAACACAAACCCCAGCCUUUCAUAAUAGUAUCCUGACAUCAGAUGCAAGUAUGUGAGUCACACGGUUUGUAUCAUGACAUGUUUCAUUACUUGCCCUCCUUUCCUCUGUUGUAGACAUGUAUACUAGAGAGUGGGUGUUCCUUCUUUAUGGCACAAUAUGGUUUAAUUGAUAGUUGCUAACUGAUCCUAUAGGCAUCUUGCUUUCUAAAGCAAUAGAGAGCGUCCACCAAUUGCCUCUGAUAAUUCCAAAAUCUGAUGCCUGCUUUAAAUUCUUCACUCUUUAUU